AUGCCAGGCGCUGUAGACCACAAAUCCCCCUGCGAGGUGGGUGUCCCAAGACCGCAAGACGAACCGAUACCUGUCGUGAUCGUCGAUGGCUUUCUCGGUGGAACAGGUGCACUGUUGUGGGGUAAUUUCGAACAUUACCUGAACAUAGGACAUGAGGAUAGUGGUCUGAAGAAGAGGAGAACGAUUUUCGUCAGGUGUGUCCUGCAAACACGUCAAGCGUCCCGAGUCACUUUUACGAAAACCUUGUUUUGGAAAAGUGUAGGACCAGUCAGUUCAUUGCAUGACAGAGCAUGCGAGCUGUUUUACGCGUUGUGUGGAGGCACAGUCGAUUAUGGCGAACAGCACGCUCUCGAACAUGGCCAUUCGCGGUAUGGUCGGACCAAUCAGGAAGGACUGUACCCAGAGUGGUCGACAGGGAGGCCUCUCCAUUUCCUUGGACACUCCAUGGGAGGUCCGACUAUCGUGAAGUUGCAGUGGCUUAUGCAUACAGGCUUCUUUGGCACCCAUGUGCACCCUGACAUGGUUCUCUCCGUCACUGCAAUCUCAUCGCCACUCCGCGGAACACAGCUUGUUUAUAUCCUCGGCGAGCGCAUAGACGCUGCACCUGCCGUUCGUCCUCUCUCACUGGGCACCGCUCUAUCAAAGAUCGUACACAUCAUAUCCUUCUUCUCACCUCCCACGCACAGCCCGUUUGAUUUCCACAGCGAGUCUCGAAAGCUCUCGUAUCGUGAGACGUCUUGGAAGUCAUUUUGGAAGCAGCUCAAAAAGAGCGAUUGGGCAGAAAGUAGAGAUGCUGCGCCUUUUGAUGUGACAUUCGAGGCUGCGGAUGAAAGAGAGGCAGUUUUCGAGGGCAUUCCGAACAAGAACUCGUUUUACCGUGCUUAUGCUGCUGAGAUGGUAAAUCUCCAAGUCUUGAAAUCUUUUGUAGUAGACAAUAACCUAGAAGACUGGAAAGGGACUCGUAGACUCUUCGCUGUUCUAGACAUUUUCUCUCCAUUAUACCUGUCCUCUCGUUUCAUGGCGUCUUUUGAUUUCUCUUCCCUUCAACCGCAACCCUCAUUUAUGUCACAGGUUGCUACUUCGCAUGAUGGUUGCGACGACCUUGAAUCUGGUGUUCUGAAUUAUGUCGACACUACCCAAUGGCGACGGCGUCAUGUGAAAGGAAGCCACUGCCCGGAGUAUGGCAUGUCCACGAACUGA